AUGCCGCGCGAGAUCAUCACGCUGCAAGUGGGCCAAUGCGGCAACCAGAUCGGGAUGGAGUUCUGGAAGCAGCUGUGCCUCGAGCACGGCAUCUCCAUGGAUGGCCGGCUCGAGGACUUUGCCACUCAGGCGCCGAGCAAGCGCCCGCACGCAGCAGCAGAGCAGCGGAUCCAGCGGGGAGGUGAUCGCAAGGACGUCUUCUUCUACCAGGCCGACGAUGAGCAGUACAUCCCUCGGUCGCUGCUGAUCGACCUCGAGCCGCGCGUGCUCUCGCACGUGCAGCAGACGCUGCCGCGCCUCUUCAACCAAGAGAACAUCUUCUCUCACCCUGAAGGAGGCGGCGCCGGCAACAACUGGGCGGCGGGCUACACGAUUGGCGGGUCGGUGCAGGAGGAGAUCCUCGAGAUGAUCGACCGCGAGGCGGACGGGUCCGAGUCCCUCGAAGGCUUCAUGAUGUGCCACUCUAUCGCCGGCGGCACUGGCUCCGGCCUCGGCUCCUUCCUGCUCGAGCGGCUCAACGACCACUUCCCGAAGAAGCUCAUCCAGACGUACUCCGUCUUCCCUAACCAGUCCACCGACGCGUCCGACGUCGUCGUGCAGCCGUACAACUCCCUGCUCACACUGAAGCGGCUCACCCUCAACGCCGACGCGGUGGUCGUCCUCGACAACACGGCGCUGAACCGCAUCGCGACAGAGCGGCUGCACGUGCCAAACCCGUCCGUCGAGCAGAUCAACCAGCUCGUGUCCACGGUGAUGGCUGCGUCGACCAACACGCUGCGCUUCCCGGGCUACAUGAACAACGACAUGAUCGGCCUCGUCUCGUCCCUUAUCCCCACGCCCCGCCUCCACUUUCUGAUGACUGGCUACACGCCGCUCUCCUUCGACCACCUCGGGGGCGAGGCCAACCCGCUCGCGGUGCGCAAGACGUCGGUGAUGGACGUGAUGCGCCGGCUGCUGCAGACCAAGAACAUCAUGGUGUCGUGCUCGACGCGCAAGGACCGCGGCUGCUACAUCUCCAUCCUCGACAUCAUCCAGGGCGAGGUGGACCCGACCCAGGUGCACAAGUCGCUGCAGCGCAUCCGCGAGCGGCAGCUGUGCUCCUUCAUCCCUUGGGGGCCGGCAAGCAUACAGGUCGCCCUCUCGCGCCGCUCGCCGUACGUCAAGUCGCCGCACCGCGUCUCGGGACUGAUGCUCGCCAACCACACGUCGAUCCGCGACCUGUUUGCGCGGAUCGCGCAGCAGUACGACAAGCUGCGCAAGCGCGACGCCUUCCUCGACAACUACCGCAAGCUGCCCAUCUUCGCCGACGACCUCUCGGAGUUUGACGAGUCGCGGGACGUGCUGCACGAGCUGAUUGAGGAGUACCGCGCGUCCGAGUCGCCCGACUACGUCAACUGGGGCAUCGAGCGCACGCCGGGCGAGCCGGACCCCGGCGCCUUCCAGGAGCGCAAAGCAGGCGAGGCGGCGGUGGUGGGGCAGGGAUGA